AGUGACUGAAGGUGUCAGGCAGCUUUGUGAGGGGCUGGGUCCCCUUUUCCUAGAAGUUGCAGUACAUCAGGAAAGUCAUUAUCCAUGCAGGCAGGCCUUGAGCAUGGCUCAGAUGUCAGCCCCUCCGUCCUCCGCCCCCGCUCCCUGCUUCCCAGGGUAGCAGGCUCACCAAGGCCAGGGCUACCUACCCACACCUAGGGGGCUGGGUACAGCCCAACCAGGUGCCUGCUGCUGGCCUGGAUCACUCCAACCUGGACAGGCCACCAUGGUGGGCACUACACUCCUGCUCCUGGCCCUGCUCCCUGGGACCUCCAGUAAGCACAGUGCGCCACUUGGUAUGUAGAGGCUGGCAUGGGGUGGGGGCAUUGUGUCCCACUUCCCUAUUGUCCCUUCUCAACUUGGCUUCGCACCUCAGUGUGUGUGUGUGUGUGUGUGUGGUGCAUAACUGGGGUGCCAUGCCUUUUUCUUCUCCCAGACUCCCCUCUGCCAGUUUCCUCAAAGUUCUUAACCAAGUGAUGGUGUGGGAUGUGGGAGGGUCAAGUGUGCAAAUCAUUUGUGACAAACCCCCAGCUAACUGCUACUUGAAAACAGUCAUUUGCCUGUAUAGGCUAUGUGUUUGUGUGUAUGGUGUGUGUGUGUGUAUGUGGUGUGUGUGUAUGUGAUAUGUGUGCACACGCACGCAUGUGUGUGUAUGGUGUGUGUGAUGUGUGUAUGGUGUAUGUGGUGUGUGUCUGUGUGUGUAAGUGCAAGCCUGGGUAAACACAAAAAGAUGAGAACCUCUUUUCUUGGUGCUCUCCUCUGUUUGGGGACUUGGAUAUCUGUUGAACAGAAAUCUCCAGUCCAGUUGCCUGUCUGUCCUGAGCCUCUGGACAGAGGGAUGGAUCGGCGUGGGCACCCUCCUGACUGCAACAGAUGCCAGCACCUACCUCUCUUUAGUGGCCAGUAGCUCGUACUAGAUCUCUUAGACUCUUAAGACUUAGCAACCUGGGCAAGGAAGAGAACCCCGACUUCAUCUCCUCUGCUGAGCACACCAACCCCGUGCAUCCCCACAUCCCCUUGCCUACUCUGCAAAAGGCAAAAAAGGUCAGAAAAUGAAAGGACAACUUUGUGCUGGCUUCAGCUCCUAGGCUGUGAUGCCACUAAAGUGGUACAUGGUAAUAACUUAGCGAUAAUAACUUAGCGAGAGUUUGGCAUGCAGCUAAGCAUGGGUAAAGUGACUAUCUGUAACGCAUCUUUUCCAAGCGAAGACAAGGGCUCCCUAGAGGGAAUUGUGCCCUUGCUCUGCUCUGUUUCAGCACCUCCGUUCCCUGGGGAACCUGGGCCCUGGCUACGCAGACCCCUUUUCAGUCUGGAGCUAUCAGAUGCUGAGGAUGCGUUCCCGCGCCGCGCAGGGCCACUGGAGGUGCCAGCGGACAGCCAUGUGUUUGUGCAGGCGGCCCUGGCCCGUCCUUCGCCAAGAUGGGGCCUAGCCCUGCACCGCUGCUCAGUAACGCCUUCUUCACGCCCGGCCCUGGGACCUGCCCUGGUGCUUCUCCGUGGGGGUUGCCCCGCCGACGACUCUGUCAGCUUCUCACCACCUCCACGCCCGGAUGCUGCUAGCGUCGCACGCUUCAGCUUCCGCCUGCGCCCGGUAUUCAAUGCCUCAGUACAGUUCUUGCACUGCCAGAUAAGCCGUUGCCGCCGUCGCCGCAGUCACCACCGCCGAGCUGUCCGCCAGACACCAGUGCCUUUGACCCCACCAGCACCGUUGCGGUGUCUGCCUCAGGAUGAGGCAUGUGCCGGCAGCAGCUUGAGCCUUGGUACUGACAGCCCCCACCUGCACAUGUUGACACAGCCCAUCGUGGUUACAGUACCUCGUCCGCCCCCUAGGCCAUCCAAGGGUCUCCCAGGCAGAGCGGUACGCCCAGAGCCGCCUGCUCCAGCUGCUACAGCACUGGAGCCUGCACCAGUGGUGGCUUUGGUGUUGGCGGCAUUCGUGCUGGGUGCUGCGCUGGCCGCUGGGCUUGGUCUCGUCUGUGCACACUCAGCACCCCCACCUCCAGGCCAGCCUCGUAGAGCUUCGCUCAGCGGCCCCCAGCUCCAGAGGCCCCAGUAGUCAGAGAUGGCAUGCCCCAGUGAGGUUCUGAGAUUCAUCCAGCCAUGAUUUCAGUUCCCUUUGGAAGGAAUCCUGCAUGCACGUCUCCCCUGCCUCCCUUCCUUCCUCCCUCCCUCCCUCCCUCCUUGUCCUCACUCCCCUGUUCAAAAUAAAUUGGUGACCUGCUAA